UAAUCACAAAAUUAUUUGGCAAUAAAAACUGGCCAUUCUUCAAACCGUUACGUUAAACGUGAACAUGGAACACCACUAGCAAGUCACGUGACCAGCUUGCGUUUGAGAGCGCAUCACAGCUGCUUGUAAAUAGAGGCUGUAAAUAUAAUUAUAGCAGAUAAAGAUGAGUUUGGGAGCACGCGCCACCAAGGGUGGUGCGAAGGGGAAGGACAAAGCCCAGGACAAGUCCAAGGGCGUCGACAAACCACCGGCCAAGGAGAAGGUCAAACAACAGCUACAGGCAACCACAGAACAGAUGCGUAUCGCAAACAUGAUCGACCGCAAAAGUGACGACUCCACGGACGUUCGAAGAAUGGUUCUAGAGCUGAUGGAGAUGACAUGUCGCACCGAGGAGGAGGUGUGUUCGGCGCUGCACGACUCGGACAACGACAUGGUCGCCGCCUGUAACCUACUGCUGGAGGAGAGUCAGCGAAUACAGGGUGAGUGGCAGACAAAUGAAAAGAAGAAGAAAAAACCACCCGCCGCCGCCGGUAACGGCGAGCCCGAGCCGCCUCGCGAGCGAGAGGCGCGCGAGCCGAGAGAACGGUCUGGCGCGCCGCGUCCACGUCGCGGGGAAGCAGAGGCUCGCGGUCGAGGCCGCGGAGCAGCGCGGGGGCGCGCGCGCGGCGCCCGGCGCGGCCCGCCCGGCCGGCCGCGCCCGCCGCGCGGCGACAUGGGCGAGCGGCCCGACCACGGUCAGUACUCGCCACUACAGUUAGCAGGUCACGGGGGCGCGCGCGCGGCGCCCGGCGCGGCCCGCCCGGCCGGCCGCGCCCGCCGCGCGGCGACAUGGGUCACGGGGGCGCGCGCGCGGCGCCCGGCGCGGCCCGCCCGGCCGGCCGCGCCCGCCGCGCGGCGACAUGGGCGAGCGGCCCGACCACGGUCAGUACCCGCCACUACAGUUAGCAGGUCGCGGGGGCGCGCGCGCGGCGCCCGGCGCGGCCCGCCCGGCCAGCCGCGCCCGCCGCGCGGCGACAUGGGCGAGCGGCCCGACCACGGUCAGUACCCGCCACUACAGUUAGCAGGUCACGGGGGCGCGCGCGCGGCGCCCGGCGCGGCCCGCCCGGCCGGCCGCGCCCGCCGCGCGGCGACAUGGGCGAGCGGCCCCACCACGGUCGCGGGGGCGCGCGCGCGGCGCCCGGCGCGGCCCGCCCGGCCGGCCGCGCCCGCCGCGCGGCGCCAUGGGCGAGCGGCCCGACCACGGUCAGUACUCGCCACUACAGUUAGCAGGUCGCGGGGGCGCGCGCGCGGCGCCGGGCGCGGCCCGCCCGGCCGGCCGCGCCCGCCGCGCGGCGACAUGGGCGAGCGGCCCGACCACGGUCAGUACUCGCCACUACAGUUAGCAGGUCGCGGGGGGCGCGCGCGCGGCGCCCGGCGCGGCCCGCCCGGCCGGCCGCGCCCGCCGCGCGGCGACAUGGGCGAGCGGCCCGACCACGUUCAGUACCCGCCACUACAGUUAGCAGGUCGCGGGGGCGCGCGCGCGGCGCCCGGCGCGGCCCGCCCGGCCGGCCGCGCCCGCCGCGCGGCGACAUGGGCGAGCGGCCCGACCACGGUCAGUACUCGCCACUACAGUUCGCAGGUCGCGGGGGCGCGCGCGCGGCGCCCGGCGCGGCCCGCCCGGCCGGCCGCGCCCGCCGCGCGGCGACAUGGGCGAGCGGCCCGACCACGGUCAGUACUCGCCACUACAGUUAGCAGGUCGCGGGGGCGCGCGCGCGGCGCCCGGCGCGGCCCGCCCGGCCGGCCGCGCCCGCCGCGCGGCGACAUGGGCGAGCGGCCCGACCACGGUCAGUACUCGCCACUACAGUUAGCAGGUCGCGGGGGCGCGCGCGCGGCGCCCGGCGCGGCCCGCCCGGCCGGCCGCGCCCGCCGCGCGGCGACAUGGUUAGCAGGUCGCGGGGGGGCGCGCGCGCGGCGCCCGGCGCGGCCCGCCCGGCCGGCCGCGCCCGCCGCGCGGCGACAUGGGCGAGCGGCCCGACCACGGUCAGUACUCGCCACUACAGUUAGCAGGUCGCGGGGGCGCGCGCGCGGCGCCCGGCGCGGCCCGCCCGGCCGGCCGGGCCCGCCGCGCGGCGACAUGGGCGAGCGGCCCGACCACGGUCAGUACUCGCCACUACAGUUAGCAGGUCGCGGGGGCGCGCGCGCGGCGCCCCGGCGCGGCCCGCCCGGCCGGCCGCGCCCGCCGCGCGGCGACAUGGGCGAGCGGCCCGACCACGGUCAGUACUCGCCACUACAGUUAGCAGGUCGCGGGGGCGCGCGCGCGGCGCCCGGCGCGGCCCGCCCGGCCGGCCGCGCCCGCCGCGCGGCGACAUGGGCGAGCGGCCCGACCACGGUCAGUACUCGCCACUACAGUUAG